GAUGUGGCUCUCCAGCAUCGUAUCUUCAACCCUGUUCGUGAUGGCGAUGUCAGCAGGCAACGAGUACCUCCCUCCCAGCAAGGGUUACAACUACGAACCUCCUUCAAUCCCAUUCCCCACCAAUAAUAAUGGAAAUAAGCAACCAACCCCACCGACCAUCAGGCCGAACCCGACUCCGCAGAGGCCGUACCUCCCACCUGUGCAGCCUACUCCAGGCCCAGGACCCGCGCCGACUCCAGGACACCACGACCAUCACCACGAGCACCACGAGCAUCACGACCAUGGCAACGGCAACCAUGAUCACGGUGAUCACCAUCAUCACGAACCUGGCAUGCCCUUUGACUUCUCCUACCAGGUGGCGGAAGAUGGCAAUGAUUACAGCCACAACGCGAUCUCCGAUGGUGACAUAACCAGGGGAGAGUACAGAGUGGCCCUGCCCGAUGGUCGUACCCAGAUCGUGAAAUACACAGCUGACUGGAAGAACGGUUUCAACGCGGAGGUCACAUACGAAGGUGAAGCGAGGUACCCUGACCAGCCAGCUGGCGGUUACGGCAGCGGCAGUGCGUCAGGAAAUGGUUACGGCAGUGGAAGCGCAUCCGGCAACGGUUAUAACAGUGGAUCCGGCAGCACUGGUGGCCAAGCUUACGUACCACCCAGCCAAGGAGGCGGCUACCAAUACUAA